UUAUUUUAUUUUUGGUGAAUUCAGGCGAACUCAAGAGUCAGACACUCUAUACCCACCGAGAAAAUUUUGAUGGCAACGCCGACGUCGACGGUCAAGGGCGGCAGUAGCAGAGAUGGGACAGCGAAAACGAUGGUGGCUGAUCAAAUUACACAGUCUAUACAGUCUACUUCCAAUCUCCUUCAUCUCAUGCUUCAGUCUUCCCCAUCUCAGGCGGAACUGAUGAAGCUACCAAAAAGUCUUUUUGCCAAGACAUCUACUAUCAAGAAUACUGAGCUGGUAUUGGAGCAGCUGCCUCGGGUGAUUUCGUCACUGGAUGCUCAUAUGGACAACGGGUUACAAAGUGUUCCUCAGCUGAAAAUUGUAAUGCAGCUGCUCUCAAACAUAGAAAACUGCCAGCUCAAGACCUUAUCCAGGGCUCAAGCCAUUCAGCAGGAGACUGGAUCAGUAGAGCAACCUCCAAAGCCAGCUAACCUUCCUUAGGAUGAAUUGCAGAAUACUGGACAAGAAGUGACAGGUUUUCUUCGUCGUGGUCAGCUUUGGAAUUGCUACAUUUUUUCUUAUAACGGUGAUGUCCAAGUCAGGUUUGUGUCAUCAGCUAUUCAGAGGAGUAUAUUGAAAUCCUCACAUCAUUGAGACAUAAGAUUGCAUACUACUGUAGGAUCAAGCAGAAAAAGUUCUUAGCACUGAAGUUCUAGCUUGAUAUUUGAUAAUUGAUUUAGAGUUCCAUGAAAUCUUGGAGUGGUCUUUUUUUAACGGUUAAAACAAUUGCAAAGUUAAGAUUGUUCUUCGUCUAAUGAAGACAAUACAAUACUAUAGGUAACAAUAUUCAGGUUUUUUUCUUCUUGGAUUUUGCAGAAACUGUGUUUGAUGUAGAUUUUGAAAUGGGUAAUGCUUUGAGAAGUUUUUCAGUUUUUACAAGAUUUGAAGAAUUGAGUUUGGACCUAAGUUUAUCAAUUUUCUUAU